CUCACCCUCUCAGGCCCCUGCUAGAUACCCUCUGUGGGGGUGCGAGGCGGUGGGGAAAAAGUUUAAGGUUUGUUAAUCACAGUCGCGAUUGUUGGGGAGGGGGAGGGGGCGGCUGGGAAGAAAGCGAGGUGGCCUUUCCAGGAGGCUCCCGGGUCUGGGACGAGUCUGGCGAGGGUGACACCAAGCCGAGUUUACUCGCUCUCCCAGGAGCUCAGCGGGAGGAGGGGGCGAGGGUACCUAUUUUUUUUUUUUUUUAAAUUCCUUUCCCCACCCUUUCUGGGGUUCUUGUCCGCAGUGAUUUCCCCCCUUCUUUUUAAGAGAUUUCCUCUCACCACCUCCCCAGUACCACCAGUGUUUAGCUCCUAACGGGUUCUGCUUUGUUUUUACGACUCCCCCCCCCCCCCCACGAAUCACUUGUCAGAUCAAUUUUACCUUCUCCCUCCUCCCUACUUCCUACUCUCCCCUCCUCCCCUUCCAAACCCUGUUCUCCGAGGUUAGACAUUUUACAAACUAGCUAUGCUAUUUUUCGAAUUGUGACUUUUUCUUUUACCCCCUCCUCCCGUAUCUACUCUUCUAGACGUUUAUUUUUGCCCUUCCCCCGCCUAGCGGGGCGGGGGGUAAGGGAAGAGAAAAUAAUACAAUUUCAGGGGAAGUCGCCUUCAGGUCUGCUGCUUUUUUUAAAAUAAUAAUAAUAAUAAUAAAAAGGACAUAGAAAACACCAGUCUUGAACUUCACUUCAAGAGCCCGGGCUGCAAAGGAAAUCUCCUUUGUUUUGUUAUUUAUAUGCUGUCAAGUUUUGAAGUGUUCUGGCAGGUGAUCUGUAAGACAGUGACUGAGUAUGGAUCAUUUGAACGAGGCAACUCAGGGGAAAGAGCAUUCAGAAAUGUCUAACAAUGUGAGUGAUCCGAAGGGUCCACCGGCCAAGCUUGCCCGCCUGGAGCAGAACGGGAGCCCACUAGGAAGAGGAAGGCUUGGGAGCACAGGUGGAAAGAUGCAAGGAGUGCCUUUAAAACACUCGGGCCAUCUCAUGAAAACCAACCUUAGGAAAGGAACCAUGUUACCAGUUUUCUGCGUGGUGGAACAUUAUGAAAAUGCCAUUGAGUAUGAUUGCAAGGAGGAGCAUGCAGAAUUUGUGUUGGUGAGAAAGGAUAUGCUUUUCAACCAGCUGAUAGAGAUGGCGUUGCUGUCUCUAGGAUAUUCACACAGCUCUGCUGCGCAAGCCAAAGGGCUCAUCCAGGUUGGGAAGUGGAAUCCGGUCCCACUGUCGUAUGUGACAGAUGCCCCUGAUGCCACGGUGGCAGAUAUGCUUCAAGAUGUGUAUCAUGUGGUCACUCUCAAAAUCCAGUUACACAGUUGCCCUAAACUAGAAGACUUGCCUCCUGAACAAUGGUCGCACACCACAGUGAGGAACGCUCUGAAGGACUUACUGAAAGAUAUGAAUCAGAGUUCGUUGGCCAAGGAGUGCCCCCUUUCACAGAGCAUGAUCUCCUCCAUUGUGAACAGCACAUACUAUGCAAAUGUCUCAGCAGCAAAAUGUCAAGAAUUUGGAAGGUGGUACAAACAUUUCAAGAAGACAAAGGAUAUGAUGGUUGAAAUGGAUAGUCUGUCUGAACUAUCCCAGCAAGGCGCCAACCACGUCAAUUUCGGCCAGCAGCCUGUCCCUGGAACCACAGCUGAGCAGCCGCCGUCCCCUGCCCAGCUUUCCCAUGGCAGCCAGCCCUCUGUGCGGACCCCUCUUCCGAACCUGCACCCUGGGCUUGUGUCCACACCUAUCAGUCCUCAGCUGGUCAACCAACAGCUGGUGAUGGCCCAGUUGCUGAACCAGCAGUAUGCAGUGAACAGACUCUUAGCCCAGCAGUCCUUAAACCAACAGUACUUGAACCACCCUCCCCCCGUCAGUAGGUCUAUGAAUAAGCCUUUGGAGCAGCAAGUGUCCACCAACACGGAGGUCUCUUCCGAAAUCUACCAGUGGGUGCGGGAUGAACUGAAGAGAGCCGGCAUCUCACAGGCAGUGUUUGCACGUGUGGCUUUUAACCGAACUCAGGGAUUGCUUUCUGAAAUCCUCCGAAAGGAAGAGGACCCCAAGACUGCAUCCCAGUCUCUGCUGGUAAACCUUCGGGCUAUGCAGAAUUUCUUACAGUUGCCGGAAGCCGAGAGAGACCGGAUAUACCAGGAUGAGAGGGAAAGGAGCUUGAAUGCAGCCUCAGCCAUGGGGCCUGCCCCACUGCUGAGCACACCACCCAGCCGCCCGCCCCAGGUGAAAACAGCUACCCUUGCCACGGAGAGGAAUGGGAAGCCAGAGAACAAUACUAUGAACAUUAAUGCCUCCAUUUAUGACGAGAUUCAGCAGGAAAUGAAGCGUGCUAAAGUGUCCCAAGCACUGUUUGCAAAGGUUGCCGCCACAAAAAGCCAGGGAUGGCUGUGCGAGCUGCUGCGCUGGAAAGAAGAUCCUUCUCCAGAAAACAGGACCCUGUGGGAGAACCUGUCAAUGAUCCGAAGGUUCCUCAGUCUGCCUCAGCCCGAGCGCGACGCCAUCUAUGAGCAGGAGAGCAACGCUGUGCAUCACCAUGGUGACAGACCUCCCCACAUCAUCCAUGUUCCAGCAGAGCAGAUUCAGAGCCUCUCUCCCAGCACCCUUGGGAAAGGAGAGUCUAGAGGUGUUUUCUUACCAAGCCUGCUGACCCCUGCACCAUGGUCCUAUGCUGCCCCUCAGCAGCAGCAGCAACAGCAGCAGCAACAGCAACAGCAGCAACAGCCACCGCCACCACCUCCACAGCCACAGCCACAGCCCCAGGCAGGCCCCAGGCUCCCCCCACGGCAGCCCACCGUGGCCUCAUCUGCGGAGUCCGAUGAGGAAAACCGGCAGAAGACCAGGCCACGAACCAAAAUUUCCGUGGAAGCCCUGGGGAUCCUUCAGAGUUUCAUCCAAGAUGUGGGCCUGUACCCGGAUGAAGAGGCCAUCCAGACUCUGUCUGCACAGCUGGACCUCCCGAAGUACACCAUCAUCAAGUUCUUUCAGAACCAGCGGUACUACCUUAAGCACCACGGCAAGCUGAAAGACAACUCCGGCUUGGAGGUGGACGUGGCUGAGUACAAAGAGGAGGAGUUGCUUAAGGAUUUGGAAGAGAGCAUCCAGGAUAAAAACGCCAACACCCUUUUCUCCGUGAAACUAGAGGAAGAGCUGUCCGUGGAAGGGAGCACAGACAUUAAUGCCGACUUGAAAGACUGAGAGAACAGUAUUCUUUUCAGCCGCACCACUGGUAUUUCCUAACAACAGGAGAAGUUGUCCACCUUGUGUUCGCUCAGAAAAAAAGAAAAAACAAAAAACAAAAAAAAAAAAACCGUCAUUGUUUAUUGUUUGGCCAAUGAAUCUUCGGAAACUUGCACAAACAGGAGGUUGGAAGGACAGGACAGACAGCACUCAAGGUUUUACUGUUUUACACACUGCUUGGCAGCCCCAGGUGACGCAUCAAGGAUUGUUUGGUAGAAUUUGUGUUCAAGGGCUGCACCCAGGUGUUGUACCCUGUCAGCAUGAUACCAGGAAUUGGUUUUCUUUUUGAUUAGUAUUAUUCUGGACCUCAAAUAAGCAUUAUAACUUCUGUGAUUAUGAUUGCCUUUUCUUUAAUUAUCUCUGUAACACUCCACACUAGUCUUUGGAAACUGGCCCCUUAUUUUAAAAGAGAAAAAGGAAAAAAAAAGAGAGAGAGAGUUUGUUACUCGAUUGUAUGUUAAAAAAAAGAACUAUAGACUGUGGAAUGCAGUUUAAAGAUGACAUAUGCCAACAAAUGCCUUGUAUUAUAUGGCACUGCCGUAAUUAAAAUUUGUUUUUUUAUUUUGGAAAUAAAAGUUCACUGUAAUUUUUUUCAUCCUCAUUGUUACAUGAUUUUUUUUAAGGAAAAGAAAAAAUGUGAAACACAAUUUAGUCCUUGUUAUUUAUUUGUAGAUCCUGCAGCAUCAUGUCAUAAUUAAGUUUUUUUGGAGAUUUUUGUUAAAUGUAAUGUUGCUUCUCUUGUUACCAUACUGAUUUCCUUUCUAUUUAUAACUGUAUUUUGAUGGGCAGUAAAACAAAGUGUCUUAAAAGUUUUAAAUAGAGAAAAUGUGCUUUACACAGUUGCCUAUAAAAGUCUAUGUUAUCCAAGCAAUUCACUCUAGAAGCUUCGGUCUCGUUGUUGUAUGCAAUUUUUACUAUCAUGCAAAUAAGCUUAGGUAAAUAAAACUAAUAGAUCACCUUAGAAAAUUAUGCAAUUAAUGUGAAAAUAAUUGAUGUUUGCAAUGUGUCUUCCUUUGGUUUACAAUCAAUUUUAAAGCAACAUCUGUAUAAAGUUUCUGUAUAAAGGUGUAUUUCUUUUUUAUGAGUUUAUGGCUAUGAAAACAUCAGCUAUUUUGUUACAGCUGCUGUUUUUAUAAGUGUACCACAGUUUUCUUUAUGCAGAAAUGUGCUGAUUAGGAGUGGUUAUUGACUGUACCUACAUGAUUAAAAUUGUUUGUAUGGUAUGGCAUGGCAGGGUUUGUCUGCUUAUGUGAAGUAACUUUAACCAAGCUCAAGGACGGCUGUCAUGUAGGGGCCUGCUCCUGCUUUCUUGGUGACAGCUUGUGGGUUCUGAAAAGCAACUGAACACUCCCUGAGAUACUCAGCUCAAGCUACACGUAGGCUCAGUUUUCAGUAGUUGUGGAAUUCCACAAUGCAGAUGGUGAUCUGCUUUUGCUUUUUACACUGGACCGUCAAAGAUGCCAACAGAAAUGUUACUGUAGCAGUUAAGUGCUUGGAACGGCCAUAUCUGCUGUUUCCGCACAACCCUCCAGUUAGGGCAAUACUUUUCUUCAAGCUAGGGUGCAUUUUUAAAAGCCAUCAGCAGCAUGACUAAGGGAAUAAAUGGGCCUUCUGCGAUUAGGGGAGGAGCUUGUUUGGUUUUGAUUUGUUUGACAAAUCAUAAGUAGGGAAGGUGAAUAACCCUGACUUGAUCUGACUGCCUUUGUCAAAACUGAGAACUACCUGAAGAAAGGAGGAGUACUAAGAAAUUCUGAGCUUAAAUGGAUUCCAAGGCUAAACUGCUGCAUCAUGGCCCAGUCCCUGCAUGCUGUGGCUGUUGUGUUUCUCUGUCGUUUGUAUCCCUUUGUUAGGGUUCCCUGAGUGUAGAUGGGGAUGGUUAGGUUCAUGGAGCCAGGCUGGGACGCUCACGCCUGGAGACUGCUGGGCUUUCCUGUUGGUCUAAAAUGGGCUCCUUGAAAACUCCACUAACAAAUUUACUUAGAAACACAGCUGAGCACCUUGGAAGGCUGCUGUUCAGCUGCAAACUAAUUUCUGAUUCUUUUUAUUAAAUGAGAAAAACAGUGCAAACUUUCUUGUUUGCUGGAGUUGAGGAAAGUAAUUACUUGAGCCAAGGACAUUUGAAUUAAGAUAAUGCAAGCUAAUUUUAAAUGUUAAAAAAAAAACAAAAAACAAAACAAAACAAAAAAACCCAAGUACCAUGCAGCUAACUACAGAUUAUCAUCUGUGGCCUCCUUUCCCAGGUUCAAGAGCGGACAGAGCAUCGGGUAGAAUUGAUGCCUUUUUUAUUUAGAACAGCCCAACACUUAAGAUAUCAAGUAGGUGUGAAACUUGAUAGUUAUUUGGAAGGAGAAAUUGAGUUUUACGUAAGAUUUUUCCCCAUUCCUAACAGUAUGAAUUAUUUUGAAUUGAUGUAUCCAAGGAAAUGAGUGUGUUGGGAAGCAACGCCAUUGUGCCAGCAAAAUGAUCAGGUGUUUUAAAUAUCAGGUCAGCAUGGUUUUGUUACUUUGGCAAAUCACAGAGUCACAGUGGAGCGGGCAAAACCGUUGAAGAGUGUUUCAGAAGAUUUCCCUUAGUGAUCCACACUGUCCCCCACCCCCAACAUCUUCAUCACCCUUGUCUCUAGUUGCCUCUGGCUGUUGGUAAAAUUCCUUUAACAAGUUUCAUGGUGUCCCAGCAUUCCGGAGGUGUUGGGACGCUGGGCGUGACAUAGUGCUUCGUGCUGUUAGAACCAUAGCAGAGUCAGGUAAUUUCCCGGUAAUAGUCGGCCUUGUGCAUCUGAGUCUGUCAUAGCUCCCUACACUCAGCACUUUGCCACUAAUUUGUAUUACACUCUGUGGCCAUAUAAUACCUGCACAUUAUGCAAAAAAUGUUGUUGAUAGUAUCUUCUUGCCACACAAUAUGCAGAGUUGACACAUAACCUUUGAAAACGAAGGUGACUUGUGUGCGUGCCCUACCUGUGUGGCACUUAGUAACAAAGUCUGUACAUAUGUAUAAAAUGCGUAUUGACUGGCAUUUAGUACUAAGAAAUUCUGAGCUUAAAUGUCUGCCCCUAGUAGUAUCUAUAGUUAACAAUGCUUAUUGGAAAUACAUAGCUUGAAUAGAAAAAAAAUUUAAAUGGUUCAGGAGUGAUUGAAAAUGAGUGUCCCACAUCUGCUAUUAUUACAUUCUUCCCUGGUCCCAGUUGUUCACAUUUGGCUGAUGACAAGGUCCUUGACUGUCACAAUAUUUUCAAUAAAUGAGAUAUUAUGAACUGCCUGGUGAUAUUUUCAGCAAGAGCAACUAAAAUGUGUAUGGCCUGUACUAUAGCAAUGGAGAUGGGACUAUCUGUGCUAAAGCCAGCCAGAAAUGUGGAUGGCAGCGUGGGAACCCAGCAGCUCCAUAGCAGGAGCCAUCAGACACGUUCAUAGAAGGAAGUUCUCAAGGGGCCUAUUCUUGGAUUCAGUGUUCCCUCUGAAGCAAUCUUUUAAAUGUAAAUAGUGAAUACUUGCAUGUCUUUGGACAAAAGCUGAGCUACAAUCUAUUAAAAUGCACAAUUUUUGAUACAAUAUAAAGUGCCCUCUAACAAAAUGUGGUGGAAGGUGUAUGUCAAGACUACCAUACCUGUUUAACAAUAGCAUAUGUUAAAUAAAAAUAGUUUGGAAUUACUGUUUAAAACAUGA